ACACCUCCUGAACUAAGCAAGACGAAUGUAGAUUCCAGCAUCAUAGAACAGCCUGAAAAUGUCUGCGUGCAGCUUGAACUACAAAACAAUUGCCCGUGCGCCCUGUUUCUCCUGGCUCUUGGGGUUCAGCUUGCUGUCCUAUUGUGGAGCAUAUGUGAUUGUUAAUUCAGUAUCAUGGUCAGUCACCAAUGAAGUGGAGGAGGAACUGGACAGCUCCUCCACCGAAGAUGCUCUUCCUUCUCUGCUGGAAGAUACGAUCAGCAUGUGGAAGCAGAGCUACCCAGCAUCCGUUUACAAAGAAGACAAGGAGCUGAAGUCCGGGCCAGGGCCUGACAUCAUUGAGCAAAUCUCCUCACCCUCCAGGAUGUUCUCCUACAAAAGGGAGACUGAGAGCCCUCCUUCUCCUGCAGCUGCCUUUCAGACCAAGCUGGCAACCAGUGCCAGAACACUAGCCCAUCAAUGCAAGUGGGGUGUCCUAGCCAGCAUUUCUUCUCAGGAGAUGAUCCAAGGACUUCCGUUUGGGCAGGUUCUUCUAACCAGCGAUGGUCCUCUAAAUAACAGUACUGGUGUUCCAUUAUUUUACGUUACUCCAAAGGCAAGCUUCUUCUCUGAUUUGAUGAAGAAUCCAGUUGCUUCUUUCACAUUUGCAGAUCCAGAUGGUGAUGUAUCCAGAAAGGCGCUUGCACAGCCACAGGAGCCUCAGUGUGCUGCAUUGACCCUGAUAGGCCAGAUGGUAACUGUACUACCAGAUUUUGACAAGUACAAGCAUCCUGAUAUGCAGAAGUGGUCUCAGGAUUACAACUGCUUGUUAAUGAAGCUGAUAGCGGAACAUAUCUAUGUUUCAGACUGCUAUGGAGGAGUGCACAACCUCUCACUAGAAGAUUACUACAGAGUGAACCCAAUCUGA